CCGGGGAUGCGCACAACGUGAAGUCCCACUCGGCUCAGAGGCUGUCCUCUCUGCUCUUCUGCAGCACGAGGACCAUCGGGGAGCAUCCCUCGGACGGAGAGCACUUGGAGGGAGAAGCGCAAAGUGCAGCGCGCAAAUCGCCAGCGGAGCGCAGAGCGCCCUUCUUCUUCGGGCUUGUGGAGAGAACAAGAGUCCAGACAGUGAGAAAUGCCAUCCGCUCACUUGUCUACACGGAACCUGGGAUUACAAUCUAUGCAGUUUAACAAAGGGGAAAAGAGAAUCUAAAUCUAAAACAAGGAGAGCAUUCACAAGCAAUUGGAUGAGAGUCUUAUUCGCCCUCGCCAACUAAAGAUGACGUUACCAUGGAGACAAAUUGUUCUGCUAUCAAUCACUGGAUGCCUUGCAGCCUGUACAGACGAUGUCAUAUUUCAAGGGCCAAGAUGGAGGACCGAGCCAAGCGACCUCAUUUUACCGAUCAACACCCCGGACCAGCGGGCCACCGUCACGUGCGAGGCAGAAGGGAGCCCUCCCCCGCAGUACAGAUGGUCACUAAACGGAACGCUCAUUGAUCUGGGGAAUGACUACCGGCGUCACAUGUCUGGGGGCAGCUUGAUCAUUAGCGACCUGGACAAGGACCAAGACACCGGGGUGUACCAGUGCACGGCCUUCAACGCGUGGGGGUCCAUCCUCGGCCGCAGAGCCAGCCUUCAAUUUGCAUAUCUUGAUAACUUCAAAACUCAAUCGGCGAGGAGCGCUGUCAACGUCCGUGAGGGGCAGGGGGUGGUUCUGCUGUGUGGACCCCCUGCGCACUCUGGAGAGCUGACAUUUGCGUGGAUCUUCAAUGAGUACCCACACUUUGUCCAACAAGACAGUCGGCGGUUCAUCUCUCAGGAGACCGGGAGUCUCUACAUUGCAAAAGUGGAGCGCUCCGAUGUCGGCAACUACACCUGUGUGGUUAACAACUCUGUGACGAGGGAGAAGGUGCUCAGCUCCCCCACGCCUCUGGUCCUUCGAAGUGACGGAGUAAUGGGCGAAUAUGAACCCAAAAUAGAAGUUCAUUUCUCUGAUUCAGUUCCAGCUGCGAAGGAAUCGGUGGUGAAACUGGAAUGCUUUGCUCUUGGAAACCCCGUUCCAGAAAUAAGCUGGAGGAGAACCAGCGGCAUCCCUUUCCCCAGCAAAGUAAAAAUGAAGAACUCAAACGCCGUCCUUGAAAUCCCCAACUUCCAGCAGGAGGACGCGGGGACAUACGAAUGCAUGGCGGAGAAUCGGCGCGGCAAAAAUGCGGCGCGAGGUCGCAUUUCAUUCCAUGCUAAACCUCACUGGCUUCAGACAAUGGCGGACACAACGCUGUCCAUCCAGGAGAACCUGUUUUGGGAGUGCAAGGCCAACGGAAAGCCCAAACCGUCCUACAGCUGGCUAAAGAAUGGGGAGCAAGUGUCGGCUGAGGGCCGGGUACAAAUCGAAAACGGGGCUCUUUCCAUAGCCACAGUGAACCUGUCAGAUUCCGGGGUGUAUCAGUGUGUGGCUGAAAACAAACAUGGCAUUAUUUAUUCCAGUGCCCAACUAAUGGUGUUAGCUUCACCUCCCAGUUUCUCCAGAAGUCCAUUAAAGACCUUGCUAAAAGCUCGCUCAGGCAGCCAAGUCACUCUUGAAUGCAAGCCCCAGGCCUCGCCCCCAGCAAUUAGCCUGUGGAAGAAAGGGAACGAGAUCCUGCAGAGAACCGAAAGGAUUACUCUGCUUUCCAACGGGACAUUAAAGAUCGCCAACGUGAGCAGACGGGAUGCAGCCAGCUACACGUGCGUCGCUAAGAAUCAGUUUGGCACAGCGAGCUCAACCGGGAGGCUGAUUGUCACCGAGCCCACCAGGAUCACCGUGAGGCCCACUAACAUGGAGAUUAUUGUUGGCGAGAGCAUCGUGUUACCCUGCCAGAUUGCCUGCGAUCCAGCUCUGGAUGUUUCUUUCUCGUGGGCAUUCAACGGCCAGCUCAUCGACUUCCAGCGAGACGGCAAUCACUUCGAAAGAGUGGGCGGGAGCAUAUCAGGGGAUCUGAUGAUUCGAAACAUCCAGCUGAACCACGGGGGUAAAUACAUCUGCGUUGUUGACACUGACGUGGAGAGCCUGUCCACCUCUGCCAUCCUGGUUGUCAAAGGUCCGCCCGGUCCUCCGGACAAAGUGGCAGUGGAGGAGAUCACCGACAGCACGGCCCAGCUUUCCUGGACUCCUGGAAGGGACAACGGCAGCCCCAUCACCGGCUACGUCAUCCAGGCCCGCACGCCCUUCACUGUGGGCUGGCAGGCUGUCGACACAGUGCCCGAGAUGGUCAACGGUAACACGCUGACAGCGACAGUGGUGGGUCUGAACGCCUGGGUGGAGUACGAGUUCAGGGUGGUGGCCCGCAAUAUGGUUGGCCUGGGAGAGCCCAGUCCGUCUUCAGCCAAGACCAGGACAGAGGACACAAUUCCUGACACAGCGCCCACUGACGUCGGAGGUGGAGGCGGUACAAAGUCUGAAUUAGUGAUAACAUGGGAGCCUGUUGCCGAGGAACUGCAGAACGGAGAGGGCUUCGGCUACAUCAUCGCCUUCCGGCCCGUUGGCACGGUCACGUGGACCAGGGCGGUCAUCUCCGCGCCCGCAGCGGCGCCGUACGUCUUCCGCAACGACACCAUCCCGCCUUUCUCGCCCUUUGACGUGAAAGUGGGGGCGUACAACAACCGAGGGGAGGGGCCCUUCAGUUCCAUCGCCACCGUUUACUCGGCAGAGGAAGUCCCCAGCAUGGCUCCUAGGAAGGUUUGGACUAGCAGUGUGUCCGCAGUACAAAUGGAGGUGAUCUGGGAAGCUGUCCCCACCAUCUCAGAAAGAGUCCUCGGAUAUGAGGUAGUGUACUGGGAAGACGACACCAAGCCUGAAACUGUUGGCAAAGUGCGCAUAUCUGGGAACUACACCCUUGUGAACAUCACUGGGCUGAGGGCCAACACGGUCUACUACCUCUGUGUCGCCGCAUUCAACACGGCUGGCCCCGGGCCACAGUCGCCACCCAUCAACGCCACCACAAAGAAACCUCCUCCAGAUCGCGCUCCGCUCAACAUACAAUGGACAAUGAUUGGUUCCACACUCACAAUGGAGUGGGAUGCGGUAGUAGCCAUGGAGACAGAAUCGAGGGUCACUGGAUAUCUGGUGUUGCUGAAGAGACAACGCAACAACGACAUUAACGCCAUCCUCAUCAACAAAACCACCGUGGAGCUCAGCCUCUUCGCCAACGACAACUAUCUGAUUCAGAUCAAGGCCAUGAGUGAGGGCGGCGAAGGUGUGGGCAGCGAACCCAUCCACAUCCAUAAAUUAAGCAUGGGGGCGCGGGGCUCGGGUGCAGCCCGCCUCAUCCCGUUGUGCCUAUCAGCGGUCGUCAUAGGCGCCCUGCUCUGCUCCUCCUGGUGAUGUCUGAUUGGAGCCCACAGAGCGCCCUCCUACCCCUUUGGUCCCUUUAGUCAGCCUGUCUGCUGGACUGGCACGAGGCCUGGGCUUUCUGCGGCCUGGACCGGGAGAGACAGGAAAGGACCGGACUUUGCCAAAUUCUUUCAAGGGACCAUGGCGCUUUCUUUUCAAAGGGCCUUCAGAUGGAGGCGUGAGGAUUUGUUUUGCGUGCAUGAUACUCUUCAGUAUAUUUACCCCGGUCAUAAGUGCCACCAUGCUCUAGGUUUUUUUACUCUUUUAUUUUUGAAGUUAUGAUAACUCGUGGUAUCUUUUGGAGAUACUAAUGCCUUAAAAACAAAUUUUGCCCAUAAAGUCCAUACCAAAGUAGGUGACAGGCUGCAUCCUCUAUGGUUUCUCUUUCUCUAUGACAAGAAUUGCCCUUUCAACAGUUUGAUUGCUUCAGUGAUUUCAUUCCUAUUUCUUUCUCUCAAAAAUUGAAUUUAGAAAAAACCAUUUACUUCGACAGAAUAUCACAUUCUUCGCAGCUUUUGCCAAAAGAAACAACAAUUGCGGGCUUAAAAACAUCCAACCAGGCUUUGACAGAUGUACGAAAGAUGCAUAGCAAAUUGAUCAACUGUGUGUGGAACAUACUGAAAUAAUAGUAUGUCUGUUGUAGAGCCACAGUCUCCUGAGCUUAAGGCCUUCACUACAAUACUCUGAAAGAUCCUGGCAUUUUGCCAUAUCUCGCUCCUCUAAAUAAUAAAUACCCAUCACACUCUGUGUUCUGGGUUGCGGAAGAUAUCGGCCUAUGGUGUCAGAUCCCGUGUGUGCUUUUCCUCCUUCACAUUUAGACAACCCCUGUUCUAGAUAUGCACACCAUAUCACAGAGACAUGUAACAUGUUCACGCCACAGAUGAAAACACCCUACAGCAUAACAGUGCCUUCACUAGAGCUCACUUAUUUCUCUUUCUUUGCUUUUUAAACAGCUUAGGGGGACGAUUCAUGUUGCAGAAGAAGACCUUGUUAGCUCUUCUCUCUCUGAAGAAGUUUUUCAGAAAGGAGGGGCCUGUUGUUGGAGAGGGUAUCUUGAUCAAAUUUUCAUUGGAACAAGUGUUUACCUUUGACUAAAUGGGUUGGAAGCUUUAGGAGAGGCACAAUAGAUUGAGAUAUAUGGCGGAAACUUCUGCCUCGGUAUUUAUGGUUUGUGGAUUAAUAAAUGUAUGACUCCAUCUGAAGCAUAAUUUCUGGGCCAUUAAGAUAUCAGAAUAAUUGAGUCCAAUACUGCGGUGCGAGUGGCCUGACUGGAGCGAAAUGCCCGGCUGUCAUUUUAGCCAGACCCCAUCACGGCCAAUUGGACGCACACAGGGACAAAGCAGCGUUGCUACUCUGCCGAGGGGGAUCUACUUUUCACGCCCUUUUUAUCAUGUGGAUGAGUCUGUCAAAAGAAAAGGUGUGAUUACUGGGGUCCCGGUGAUAGUCUCCGUGGAUGUGGAAGGAUACAGUUAACUGAACUGCUACACAUUACUGUGCCUUUGCUGAACAUGGGGCUGUGUACGGUCAUUAGCUCGCAGGCUGUCGUCGUCUGUAUUUUGCACUCUCUGUUACCCCACCGCCCCCCGCCUCCCCAAAGUCGAAUGAAAGCACAAGGAAUUGAUGCAAGGCGACGGGAUGUUCUCCCUUACCCGUGUGAACAGGUGCGCGUUCCCCAGAGGCCUCGUCAAACGCCCAAGCGGCCGACAUAAUCAGGCUGUCCUAUCUGCUCCCUCGCCUGUUUCAUAAAGUGCCGUGCUCUUUGAUUAGAACGCUGCAGACCAGUCAAUGGAAUAUUGAUUUUCUUGCUCCAUUAUUACAGCUGUCACAAUUCCGCUGCUUGAUUGACUCAUGGCCACGCUCGUAUUGCACCUGUUCUGCUGUGUUACAGUACAGUCAAUGAUGUUUCAGAAUUAUUGGACUACUUCAAAGGCAUUCUUUUUCUCUUUCAGUUUGCUUUUUUACUCAAAAUCACACUGUAGUUGCGCAAUUUGUUUCACAGAUUUUGAAAAGUAUUUUGUGGUGUAGUGGUAGAUUGUGAUUUUUCAUUGAAGCAGUGAUCUGACAGUGAUUGGCUGGUUGAGUAAUUUGGGUUAGAGAUCUAAAUAAUAAUCUCUUUCUUUAAACAUGAAAAAAACAUUAAAACCUAGUCACACAACUAUUUCAAACAAUAGUCUAAAUUCUCAUGGCUCAACUAAAUCAUGUCAACCGGUGAGCUAUUUGUUCUGGGACCAUUAGCAAACAAUUAAUCCAAAAUAGAGUAGGCUUAUCUAGUUUAUCAGUUUUAGACAACUCAUGAGACAGGUUUUUAUGGUACGGAUAUGUUGAAUGAACUGUAAAAACCAAAUGGUCUGUUAUAUACCAAGCUAAUGGGCUACACUGAACAAGCUAGCUAGCUUGAGGAGUUGUUUUAAUGAUAGAAAACAAAGAAACAAUAGCCUGGCUAUUACUAGCAUGUUCCUGCUCUCUGUUGGUUAGCUCGUUAGCUACACGAGGUCACAAAAACAGCCCUGUGAGACCUCAUGAUGUCACCGAGCCUCGAGCAGGGCCUCAAAGCAGCUUGAUCCAAGUGGUGUCAAUAUUUCUGUUAUGUUUAAAUACCGUAACCUCAUUGCAAGGUGGCAGACUCAUAGGUCAUUAAUUAUUGUGUGGCAGUUCCUCAAAGCUGUCUUAAUUUUAACAUUGUUGUAAUUCAGCCUAAUGUUUCUUACUUCUGCUCAUAAACCACAUAAGAAGCAAAACUAUUGUUUCUGACCUUUUGCUUCAAUAAAUACAACAUCCAUUACAAUCUAAUUGGAAAUGAAGGCAGUGAUUAGUGGCAUCAGCUGAAAUGGCUGAAGUGUACUGAUCACAGAACAGCAGCAUCGCUAUUUAUAUCCACAAGGUCUAUUAUGUUAGGUUGGUUUCCGUGGUUGUCGUUACUAGAAAGGAGUGUACCUGGUGUGGUGUAAAUAGCUUGCAUAUAUUUUUUAAACAUGGCCAUCAAAGAUAAACCUUACUGCUUUUUAUAUUGUGUGUUCUCCAACCUUAAUACUGGUGUAUUAAUCAAUGAUCUCUGUGAGAUACUGACAUGUAGAGUGGUAUUUUCAUAUUGAAAAGUAACUGUUUUGUCUUGUAUACUAAAAUUGUGCAUGUUCAUCAUGGUUUGUGACUUUGUGUUUGAUUCUUUUCUAAAACUAUAACUUAAUAAAAAUGUUUAUUCCA